UUGCUCUCCCUCUCCUACAAUAUCUGAACACUCCAGCACUCUCUCUCUCUCUCUCUCUCUCUCUCUCUCUCUCUCCAUCGCUGUCUGUAAAGACAGGCAUCUGGAGUUCUACCUCGUUUGAGUGAUAACUAUCUCUUACCUACCAUCUCCUCUCUUUCUCUCUGAACAAAUCAAUGGCGGAUCUCAAGUCAACGUUUCUCAAGGUGUAUUCCACUUUGAAAUCGGAGCUCCUUGACGAUCCUGCUUUCGAGUUCACCGAUGUUUCCCGUCAAUGGGUCGAGCGAAUGCUGGACUACAAUGUUCCUGGAGGCAAGCUGAAUAGGGGGCUCUCUGUGGUUGAUAGUUAUAAACUGUUGAAACAAGGAAAUGAAUUAUCUGAAGAUGAAAUUUUCCUUUCAUGUGCACUUGGUUGGUGCAUUGAAUGGCUUCAAGCAUAUUUUCUUGUACUUGAUGACAUUAUGGAUGGCUCUCACACUCGUCGUGGUCAACCUUGCUGGUUUCGAGUGCCCAAGGUUGGUCUGAUUGCGGCAAAUGAUGGGAUUCUUCUUCGCAAUCACAUUCCCAGGAUUCUUAGAAAACACUUCCGAGGAAAGCCUUACUAUGUAGAUCUGCUUGAUUUGUUUAAUGAGGUGGAAUUUCAAACAGCUUCAGGACAGAUGAUAGAUCUAAUUACAACAAUUGAAGGAGAAAAAGAUUUGUCCAAAUACGCAUUGUCACUACACCGACAAAUUGUCCAGUACAAAACUGCCUAUUACUCAUUUUACCUCCCUGUUGCUUGUGCAUUGUUGAUGGCGGGCGAGAAUCUGGAUAAUCAUGUUGAUGUAAAGAACGUUCUUAUUGAUAUGGGGAUCUACUUUCAAGUACAGGACGAUUAUUUGGAUUGUUUUGCUGAUCCUGAGGCACUUGGUAAGAUAGGAACAGAUAUAGAAGAUUUUAAGUGCUCUUGGUUGGUGGUUAAAGCAUUGGAAAGAUGCAAUGAAGACCAAAAGAAAGUGUUAUAUGAGAACUAUGGUAAACCUGAUCCGGCUAAUGUUGCUAAAGUAAAGGCGCUCUACAACGAACUUGAUCUCCAGAGUGUGUUUGCUGAGUAUGAGAGCCAGAGUUAUCAGAAAUUAAUAGCUGCCAUCGAUGCACAUCCGAAGAAAGAAAUUCAAGCUGUGUUGAAAUCUUUCUUGGCAAAAAUAUACAAGCGGCAAAAGUAAAGCUUACAAUAUCUAGGAUUCUUGGAUCUCAUUCAAACAUUUUAAUGUUGUGUUAUUUUUUGGCUUUGAAUGAACAGAGUUCAUACUUGAUCUUCAGACAUUAACUGCUGUUAGUUUCCUUUUUUGUUCUCUUUUCUGGAGUUUAGUUAUAUGUUAUAACUUGUUCAAAUCAGUGUUAAAGCUGUUGCACUUUUU